CGGACGAGAAGAAAACGAGAUCAAAACAAGCAUGGCGAUCGAUGUAAAGGAUUUUCUUAAAAUCCUUGUAUUUAUUGUGUUUUCUUCCGUUGUUGCUAUUGUCGGUGAGGAUUUAGUGGUGGAAACCAAAAAGACAUGUACAUAUUAUGGUGGCACCCAUGUCCCGUCUCCAGAGAACGGCCUGGUGAACUGCUCUUGGUACUCCACCAAUGCCUGCUGUAAAAGAACUGAGGUGACCUCCGUGUUUGGUGGGAUGUACAAACUGGCUCGGGCCAGCAAGAAGUGCCAGAAUAGAGUGAAUUAUCUCAUGUGUUACUUCUGUAGCCCCGAGCAGCACCUGUGGUAUCAGGACCAACUCCAUGUGUGUGCCGACUUCUGUGACUCCAUCCACUUUUACUGCAAGACUGCCAUGUUUUCUGGGGAGAAAAUAGGUACAUCUUAUAAAAACGGCAAAGAAAUCUGCGAAGGACAAAAGUUCAAGUAUGUGGAAAGUAACACAAACUGCUUCAAAUUUGACCCCACAGUGUUUGACACUGGGUGCUCUCUGAAAUCCUCAUUGAUAACUCUGCUGCUGGUUCUGGGAAUAUCCAUAUGGAUUGUCCACUGAUGAUGACUGCAAUGUUUAGUGCAUUAGAAAAUUUAGUCCAAGAGGGAAGCUUUAAACCCAUCAUAGUCACUGUACCUGUGCCAUACUUUCAUAGUCAGUUUUAAGUAACUUGGUAAAAACUGUGGAAGGGUGGAAACCAGGCUGGACUGUAGGUCUCAAUGGCCAUGUAUCUCACAAUGAAGACCAACAGCUGUUAAUGAAGACCAACAGCUGCCAUGUGGUCCUGCAGAUCUGGGGACUUUUAUCAAAAAGUCGUAAAUCAGUGUUUUGGGCUGAAAUCUUAGCAGACUAACACUUGGUCAACUAAGAAGCAUCUCAUGAAAAUAUUAGGUCUAUUCACCUUGAUUUUUUUUCAACUAAGCCCCAGAUUAUAUUAAAAUGUAAAAGAAAUAUAGAAAUGGGGACUUUAAGAAGUAUGAGUAGGAAUCUGAAAACAUACUUUUAAGUAAAGUAUACUUAAAAGUAUGUACAUUAGCAUGCAUGACUCAUCACCUCAUAAUAAUGCUCACAGUCAUUUAUUAAAGAUGUGUGCCUUUGUCGUGAACACAUGGACCCUUGCUGUAGAGCUUUAAAUAUUUUAACUAAUUUAAAUUUAAAAUUAAAUUUUUGAACCAAAUGGCUUUCAGUACAAUAGCUCAGGAGUGACAGUUUGAGUUCUUUUUAGUAAGUGCCACACCUCUUAAGAGUGCUUUAACUGUAGCAUUUCUGCAUAUAUAAAUACUAAAAUCAACAACUUGAAUCUUUAAUGUGUGGUAUUUAUUCUAACAACUUUGUUGCAGCGUGCCAUAUUUGUAAGUCUGUUCAGCAGGACCCAACUAAAACUGAAAUAGUCCAAUUACAGGGACGGAUCCAGAGAGAUUUUCUGACAGUCCUCAAAUUAUCUUUGUUGAUCCAUCCUCCAUUUUUGUAU